GAGGAAUCUUAUCCUUCGCCUUGCAACAGAAACGGAGGAAGGACCGAGUGAAUUCGGGACUGGGAGAAGAGAUUUCAUUCUCAGGGUAAGGGGUGUUGAUAUCUUUCACACAAUGUGGAUAGCUAUUGCCGCCUGUAGGCCGAUUUCGGCUUCCCCAAGAACGUGCUUUCUAGGGAGAUGUUUGGCGUCGGGCUCAACCUUCAAGGCUGGAAACCUCCAGACUACAUGUACCCGCCAUAAUUUGCUCUUUUGAAGUUCUUUAAACAGCCAGUCUCUAUGAGCUCCAAGGCUGCGUGAAAACAAAGCACGAUGGACAGUCGUGCGGCCAAGGAUCAUCAACUGGACCUGCAUCGCCGCCAGUACCGUCGCUCUGGUGACAGACACGUCACAACAAGGCACACACAACUUGUAGAACCAUGGACAAGCCUUUCUAGGUCGAGAAGGGUGGAUCAGGCGCCGGAAAACGAUUUACUCCAAGCCGCAAGAAGUGGCAAUGGCAUUGUGGAAGACUGGCUUGCCAAUGUCAGUCGUCGAGGCGUCGAUACUAGAGAGUCUGCAGAACGACUACAAUCAAGUCAAGACAAGAGCGGUGCUCAAACUCCAGGAUGGAGACCGCACGGGAUUUCCUUCCAGGACACUGUUCGAGGUAGUCAUAAACGCGCCCUAUCACGAGACAGCUCCAUCAUCCCCGAGCCGAUGACGAAGAAAGCCAGGCCAUCUCCAGCGUUACCUAGCCAUGGCUACAUCCAUCGCUCUCUCGUUCCACGUGUUACAGACUUUCCCAUACCAGCAGAUAGUUCUCCGGCCAGAUUUGAGAGGCGGACGAGACACAAAACAAGAGAAGAUCGUUACGAUUCUCGGAAGAAGCCCAAGGAAAAGCGACGCAGGGCCCCUGAGGAGACUGCCACGCGGUCGGAAAUAGCGCUGAAGAAGUCAAUUUCAUCGGGCCGAGACGUCAUGAACAGCUUCCAACCCGAAACCGUUCUUAACGACAGACUCACGGUGAGGAAGCAUUAGAUUUCCGAAUAAAUCUUUGUUGACGAAUAUGUAGCUCCAGCCGU